CUUAUUACAUAGAUCAAUGGAGAUGUAUUUGGUUUUAUAUUUUUUCUCAUCUUUUAUGAUAACAAAUGGCAAUGAGAUAACCAAUUUGGCACCUUGCAACUACACUGCAAUCUACAACUUUGGUGACUCCAAUUCAGACACCGGAGGAAUAGCAGCAGCAUUUUAUCCGCCGGGGCCACCUUCCGGCAUCACCUACUUCCACCGCCCGGCCGGAAGAGCCUCUGACGGCCGCCUCAUCAUUGACUUCAUCGCUGAGGAGCUGGGAAUACCAUACCUAAGCCCAUAUCUUGACUCAAUCGGAUCGAACUACAAACAUGGUGCAAACUUCGCAACGGGAGGUGCAACCAUUCAGCGCCCCAACGAGUCAUGGACUGCCAACGGCAUCAGCCCUUUCUCUCUCGACAUUCAAAUCGAGCAUUUCACACAGUUUAGAGACAGGGCAGCUUAUGCCUACAAUCAAGCCAAGGAUGAAUGCAUAAAACAAAGAGUACCAAAACCUGAUGAGGACAUCUCCAAAGCUCUCUUCACACUCGACAUAGGCCAAAACGACAUCGCUUUUGGUAUACGAACAAUGAGCCUGCGUCUCCAACUAGAAGCGCUGCCCAAAAUAGUGAGCCAGUUCAUCACUCAAGUGAAAGCUCUGUAUGUGAGAGGGGCGAGGACCUUUUGGAUACACAACACGGGACCAAUCGGUUGUUUGGCGGCGGCAACGACAAAAGUCAAAGAUCCGGCGCCGGGGUAUCUAGACGAGAUCGGAUGUGUGAAAUAUCAAAAUGAGAUUUGCAAGCAGUUUAAUAAACAACUCAGGGAUGAAGUCGUGAAGGUGAGAGCGGAGUUGGCUGAUGCAGCUGUAGUGUAUGUUGAUAUGUAUGCUGCCAAGUAUGAUUUGAUCAGCCAAGUUAACAAACAAGGAUUUGGGAAGCCUUUCGAUAUAUGCUGCGGCUAUCAUGGGGUCGGGUAUGAUGUUUGGUGCGGGAACAGAGGAAACGUGGAUGGAAGGGAAGUAUACGCAGAUUCUUGUCGGAAUGCUUCGUCGGUUAUAAGCUGGGACGGCGUUCACUAUACCGAAGCUGCAAAUCAUUGGAUCGUGAGGCGUAUAUUGACCGGAAAUUUGUCGGAUCCGAUGACUGCGGCUUCCACAGCUUGCCAUAAAUGAGAAGGCCCAAUUUCGUUAAUACAACCACUUCAUACUAGUAUAUCUCAAUUCAUGUGCUGACGUGAUUUAUAAAAAUAAUUACUCCAUUAUAA